GAUGGUAGUUGGGGUGACGAUACAGUCUGAUGAUGCACGGGGAAGCUGGCAUGAUCCUAUUACCUAGAAAAAUCCCCAAAUCCACUCUCGCCCCCUUCUUCCCAGCUUCGUCUCUAUAAAGAUCGCCAUGUUUGUGCUCCUACUGGCUCUCACGCUGGUUGCUAGAUCGCUAGCUCUUUCCCUAUGUCACAACCACCCCGGAUACCGAACCGUCCUUACUCAAGGCAUCUUCCGACCUGAUAUUUUAAGAAGUGGACAACAAAGAUUAUACUGUUUUAAAGCAACCGAAGAACGCGACCUACCAAAUGUGGCAAGUCUAUACAUAAAGUUAGCAACCUGCAAAGGGACGGUAUCCGUGCGUCUGUUUGACCCUACUGGAGGGGAGAUAUACAUGAAGGGUCGGGAUUGCGACUCAGGAAGGUUGAGGGACAACAUCCGAUACGAUUCCUCUCAGAAUACCAACGGAGUCAGAUGGGCGGGACAUCAAAACACUUAUGCAGUUCCCGAGGAACAUUCUAUUUGGACUUACCACAACACCUCCGCUAUGAUUGGAACCUAUACCAUCAUCGUCAAAGCGGAAAAAACACCCUGUGGCGAAGCUGAUUAUCAGAUUCUAGGCAGCACAAAAAAAUACAGACAACCUCCCGUUCUGCCUGAUGAUACCUGUAUUCUCCAUAACGACAGAUUCACCACCAAAACCCAAGUUGGAUUGUCGUGGUCACCAGCCGAACUACCCUCGGAUAACCCCUUCCAGACGAUAAAGUACUGUGUCUACAUGAUCCCCACCGACACCCACAACCACAAGUGCAGUUACCACGGGUCCAGAUGCUCGGUGGCACUGCUCCGAGGCCCGGACACGGUCGAGAUGUGCUUUGUAGCAGGCCGGAGAAGCAGGGUGCUCUCCAUAGUCCGCAACUUAAAACCUGGCACGGAAUACCACGUGGACGUUAUCGCCUGGACAUAUGACCGGGCCAGGCAGAUUUAUUACCUGCCCAUGGCAUAUUCUCAGUCCCAGUAUAUAACAACUCAAUCCUGAGACGCUUCAUAGUGUUUCCUAACAUCCCGGAUAUUUUCAGACGUUUUUUUUUUUGCGAGACGAAUUUCUAAACCAUCUAAAUGAUAGUUCUUUAUCGAAAAAUCGAAUGAAAAUAUUCGGGGUCUAACUUAAUAUUUCUAUUUCGCUAACUGUACAAUUUGGGGAUGUUUUAGCUGAGCUGGCGAGGGGGUUCCGAUUAAAUGUUUUAUCAGAAUUCUUCUCAGCAUCAAGGCAUUUGCUUGCGUGUUUUCUGAUAACGAGUAAAAUAUUUGGUUGCUUAGAAUUUAAAUUCUGUGCUAACCACAGCUUCUUGUUCGACAAAAAGAGUUGCUUUACAUUCGUCACGUGAUGUAAUCUUUCUUAAAUUAUUUGGAUAGAUUUUAUCCGCGACCGCUUUUGUUCGGGCAUAGUAAGAAUCACCUCUUUCUUAACUACUAUCUUGUCUCUUGAGAGCCUUUGGACUGGUUUGUUAAAGACACCUUUGACUGUGGAUCGAUUAAAUUUUCAAGCUCUUUGGUUACAUGAGAAAGAUGAAGCUGUGGCCGAUAUAUAUACACUUACAUCUAUUUUAGCAAUAAUUGUCAAUUAUUGUAAAUCAUAAGACCUAGCUGUAUAUCUAUUUUAGCGGUUAUUGGUGACAAUUUAAGUUACAUUGCGUACCAAUAACGUAGUUUGAUGUUGUAGCUUUCAGUUUUCUGAUGAUUGAGAAAUUUAUUGUGAUUUCUUGUGCUGGGCUUGGCUACAUGUUUGAUACUUUGGGUAUUAGUCGAGUGAUGAUAAUAAUGAUAAAGCAUAAUUCGAAGCUUUGUAUGGCUUUAUGCGACAGUAUUUUUAUUUUAUUUACAAAUUUUGAUAAGUUUAUAUAAUAACUUCUAAAUUUUAUAUGAUUUCGUGGCUUACCACGUCCUUGCUUUCAGAACCAAAAAAAUUCAGAUAUUAUUUUAGAACUUAAUAUGAUAAAAUGAUAUAUGGAAUAUUGACUGUGCGUUAUCUUGGUGGAAUCCCGGGUACGUGUCUGAAGAUUCUCAUAUGCUGUCUAUACUAGUAUCAUGCCCAUGAUAUAUUAAACCUAAGGUUAGAUUUGAAAAAUCGUUUUUUGAUAUGUUUGACUUAUGAUUACCUGAAAUUUGAUUAAGAUGUUGAAUGAAGCUGUCUGAAGUUCAAAUUUCCGACGAUAAAGAACCGGACUGUAAUUUUAUUAGGUUCCAGGCCUUUUCAUGCUCCAGUUAGAUUCACGUGAAACUGGCUGAAAGGUUAACCAUUUGUUUAUCUUUACAUUCCCAUGACUCCGACACGAUAUAUAAUCUAAUUUUCAAAUUAGCAGGGUCACGCACUAUUGCAGUCCGCGUACAUUUUAUCGUGGAAUGGAUUGAAUUUUUGGAUUUAUUGUUAAACAUUAUAUUAAGGUAUUCUAUAAUUGGUUUCAUUAUCUGAUAUAAUGAUGUUAUUAUGAGACGUAUCGAUGUGUGAUUCUUUAUUGACUCUUUUUUUUUGGAGGAAGGGACUUAAGUUGGUUCAGUAAUUACUCGAACUCUUGAUCUUGGGUUCGUCAAAAUUCUGUCAAACUUUCUGUAGUUCGAAUUCUGUCAAACUUGCUGAACUUCGAACUCUGUCAAAAGUUGCUGAACUUCGAUUUCUGUCAAAAUUGAUGAAACUCGUAUUCGGUUCAACUUGUUGAAAUUCGAAUUCUGUCAAACUUGCUGAAGUUCGAAUUCUGUUAUAAUUUUAAGGAGAUAUCUGUGUUCAUGUUAAUAAGACUGUUUUGUUACUUUCAUGCUCCUUCUGUGAUCAUUGUAUCUCAAGAUGAUCGACUGUAUAUUGAAUUAUUUUUGUGGCGUACUGACCAAGAAUGCAACCUUUUGAUAGAGCUUACAGUCGAAUACAAAUUGCUGGAUCACAAUUAGUGAUCAUAUAAUGAUCAUAACAUUAUGAUCAUAUUAUAAUUUCCAAAUAAGGAUAUUCUCACUGAAAAGUUCUAUCAAAUGGUCUUGAUGUGGUGCCUGAUAAUAUCUCUAUAUUUUUCUGUUGUUUUAAAACAAGAAAAUAUAGUUGGCUAUCAGAUGGACGUACUUGCUCUGUGACAAUGUUGGACCAUGUAUAUAAAACGUGUGAAUGUAUAACGUAUAUAUUACGUACAUAAUACGUACAUAUUACGCAUAUAAUACGUAUAUAUUACUGUGUCAUUGUUAUGGUGAUAUGUGGCUUGUGAUGCCCGACGUAUGACUGAUAUAAGGCUCCACGGUAUUUAAAUAUCAAAUAUUUAUUAUACUCGCAAAAUCUGUACAUACUUUUGAUGAUCAUGUUGG